UAUAAUGCUCGAGAGGAACAGUAUGAUAUAGCCACAGCUGCGUACUAUGCGACAAGAAAUCCCCCGUAGUGUGUGCAUUAUGCUCGUACAAUUGCCACGAUGAAGAUACGACUAGUGUUGAAAGGGCGAUGAGGCCAACUAUGUAGCCUAUUCAACGUGAUGUCAAUGUCCUAUACAUUAGGAAUUCGCCAUAGCAUCAACGAAGGGCAUAUAACACGCCGCUUAUCUGGGAAUUGUAAAUGGAUGAGAUUGCGACAUCAGGGGAGGCCGGGAGAAGCAUGCCCACAUCUGGGGCCGAGAGAUCGGACCAGAUAGAUACGGUCGGCUUCUCGCUCAAGCUUUCUUCUGCAGACAUGGAUGCCGUCCCCCACAGCUCAGGGUCUAGGCCCAGGUCAGGAGAAGAAGAUCGGCCACAGGAGAGUAGACGCCUCUGGAGAGACCACCUAUAAGAAGACCACGUCCUCUGCCCUGAAAGGUGCCAUCCAGCUGGGCAUCGGCUACACGGUGGGCAACCUGAGCUCCAAGCCAGAGAGAGAUGUCCUCAUGCAGGACUUCUACGUGGUGGAGAGCAUCUUCUUCCCCAGUGAGGGCAGUAACCUGACUCCUGCCCAUCACUACCCAGACUUCAGGUUUAAGACCUACGCCCCCGUGGCCUUCCGCUACUUCCGAGAACUGUUUGGGAUCCGACCAGAUGACUACCUGUACUCUCUAUGUAACGAGCCCCUGAUCGAGCUGUCCAACCCGGGGGCCAGCGGCUCCAUAUUCUAUGUAACCAGGGACGAUGAGUUCAUCAUCAAAACAGUCAAUGCCAAGGAGGCGGAGUUUCUGCAGAAACUACUUCCUGGAUACUACAUGAAUCUGAAUCAGAACCCGAGGACCCUGCUUCCUAAGUUCUUUGGUCUCUACUGCGUCCAGUGUGGUGGUAAAAACAUCCGUAUCGUGGUCAUGAACAAUGUGUUACCGCGCGCCGUACGCAUGCACCUCAAGUUCGACCUAAAGGGCUCCACGUAUAAACGCCGUGCGUCGAAGAAAGAGAGGGAGAAAUCUAAUCCCACCUUUAAAGAUCUGGACUUUAUAUCAGAUGUACCGGACGGACUGACACUGGAUCAGGAUACAUAUGGUGCUCUGCUUAAGACCCUACAGAGAGAUUGUCUGGUGCUAGAGAGCUUUAAAAUCAUGGAUUACAGUCUGUUGCUGGGUGUCCAUAACCUGAGCCAGGCUGGGAGAGAGUCCCAGGGCUCACCAGCAGGGGGCGAUGAGAAGAAACCUGUGACCCAGAGAGCCCUCUACUCUACUGCCAUGGAGUCUAUACAGGGAGGGAAGACGUGUAGAGACACACUAGACCACGAUGCUACAAUGGGUGGUAUUCCUGCUGUGGAUGGUAAAGGAGAACAACUCCUUCUUUUUAUUGGAAUCAUCGACAUCCUGCAGUCCUACAGGGUCAUCAAGAAACUGGAACACUCAUGGAAGUCUCUGAUUAGUAAUGACGGGGACACAGUGUCAGUCCACAGGCCUAGUUUCUAUGCAGACAGGUUCUACAAGUUCUGCAGCACCACUGUCUUCAGAAAGAGCUGCUCCCUGAGGUCUUCUCCCUCCAAGAGGGGGCGAGGAGGGGCUCUGCCCGCACCCAAAAACAGUGUCCAAACACAGCUCUCCAUAGAGAGAGAGGAGAACCAGGAGAAUGAGGACCUGCACCUCAGAGCGGUUCGCGGCUCCCGCCUGCUGGAGGAGGACGGUCAGAGAGAGCACCCCCACACUCCUCCAUCUUUUGAGGAUGCGACCACAGCAUCCAUUGCGACCACUCUCUCCUCCAACAACUCUCUCCCUACCACACCAUUUGACACACCAGAACACCCACGCUUCAGGAGGCCAACUCACUCUCCUCGGGACCGUGAAGACAGUUUCAGGUCACAGCUGGAAGUAGUGGAGGUGCACGAGCAAACCGUCGCGGUGGAGGGGAAGAGGGAACCUACAACCAGUGUGGUUGCAGAGGACCUUCAGGACUCUAAAGUAACAGAGCAGAAAGUCAUCACACAGGCCACAGCUGCUGCCCCCACCUCCUCUACACCUCCUUCAACCCCUCCUUCCUCCUCCACCCCUCCAUCCUCCACCCCUCCCUCCUCAUUCCCUCCAGCUUCCACUCUCCCUCAUUCACUUCCUCCCUCAAUCUCUUCCUCCUCUGCCCCUCACUCUAACUCCACUCUGCCCUAUUCUUUCACUCGUCCUUCCUCCACCCCUCAGUCAUCAGCUGUCAUCGCCUCCACCCUUCCACCCUCUGCAGUCCCUCAAGCCUCCACCUCUCCCUCUUCCACCACUCCUGCAUCUACCCACCCCUCCUCCUCUCCCCAUUCUUCACUCCUUCCCACCACCCCUCCCUCCUCUCUCCCUCCGAGCCCCCAGGUGACAGCGGAACGCUAUUCGUCCAAUCAUCUGUCUGUCACCUCGUCCGUCAGCCACAACUCACUGGAGGGGGAGGUGCCAGUCUCUGACAUCUACUUCUAUGCUGAUGGGAGAUACUGGGUGUACUCCCCAAUUCUGGGUCGUAAGAAACUCAACUCAAGCUCAAGCUGCAAUAAUCAGGAGGACAGGAGCUGGAUGUACUCUCCGCUGCACUACGGCUCAGAGUCCAGACAUGGCUCUGAUGGGGAGAGCCAGACGUAAGGUGUGUGAAGUGUCCAAUAUAAGCAAAUCACUUGAGAGGAUUGAAGACUACAGACUGGAGCUGUGAUGCUUUACGAAGCCCCGUAAUUCCCCAUGAAUCUUCUACAAUGUUCUAUAACCUGUGUGGCCCAAGCUGUAUGUGAAGGCUUGUUUUACCCACUGGGAUGAAGAAGUACUCUGUGGGAAGACUUAUUGAAAUUAAAUGCUUCUACUUUGGCACCACUUUCCCCAACACACACACACACACACACACACACACACACACACACACACACACACACACACACACACACACACACACACACACACACACACACACACACACACACACACACACACACACAACCACCAUUGCUUCCUAAAAAAGCAUGCAACAUGACUGGUUGAUUUGCCACAGAAUCAACUCAAAUAUUAAAGGAUGCAUAAUCAUCAGUGGGGGUAUUGUGAAUAAGACCAUAGUGCAACCGUUUCAAACAUCAGCUACGGCAUCCCAGAGAGUCUGUCAUUCCCUUCUGUAGUUGUUCUUGUUUUGUUGUUAACAAUCAUAUUUUACUUUUGUGACUUGUGCUUGUCUCAAAGCCAUGUGUUCAUGUAAUAUCAUGUACUGAAUAUGAUUUAUUAUAUUCUAAUGUCAGGUUUUGGACUCCUAUGGUUAAAUGUUGGAGAGUUUUGUUUUUUUAUGAAGCAAAACUUUUUUUCUCAGUUGUUGUAUAUAAUGUUUUACCGUGUUCACCUGUCUGGUGGUGAUGGCUUUACAUUCAGCUCAAUCAUGUGUGGUGUGUUGGGAUUGGGCUACGCAAAAUGGUGUUGUUUUGCGUUCUCACGGGGCACAUUCAAGUCUUCACAAUGUUCAUGAAAACCUGAACAUUUUAUUGAGCUUUUAGCACUUUAAAAAUUAACAUUCUGCAAAUGUUUUUUGAAUCCAUAAUAUAUUUUGUGAAUUGUAAAUAGUGUGAGUGACAGUGAGCCAGAGAGUUAGAAAGGAAAAGAGGAUAUUGCACUUUGUCCUGGUCAGUAAUAUAAAAGGUCAAGGGUUAAAAAAGAUUCUAAUGUUGUUCCAGUCCAGGAAGUAUAAAGGUUAUAAAGAUUACUGUGACAUUUAAUCAUCUCCAUCCUUCUAAAGGUGCAAUCUGUAACUUCUCAUUCCCCCUGCGGCAAGAAUCACAAUCGACCUGAAACAAAACACAAAGAAAACAUAUUUAGUAAGAUUUUGCCAAUGAUAUAUAUGACAUUCCGUAUCGGUCCCCCGAAAAGUGUUGAGCCGAAUUUACAGAUUACAGAUCGUCCUUUGAAGACAAAUUACCACUGGCUGUUUGUGUAUAAAGUAUGUGGACAAGGAGUUAGAGCUUAUCAUCAUAUCAAAUAAAAUAAUAUAUUGUUUAAGAAA